AUGCACGAGAAUUUCAGAGAAGCCUCUCACACGAUUAUACACGAUCAGUCCAUCGUUCAGUCUCCCUGGACUGACGGCGGUCGCUCAUGUCUCGCUCUCGUGCUCUCACCAUGGUUCACACGUGCCUGGACUGCUCUGGAGCUGAGGCUGACUCAUAAAGGGAAAGUUUGGGUGAUAUAUGAUGAUCCCAGCGGCUACAAAUUAAAGAAUCUUGAUGAAAAUAUCCUAGCUCGUCAUCCAGCUUAUUCUUCCCGCGGUCAUUGGAUAGUAUCGUCCUUGGUCGAGCAGCUACGUCAGCAACAAUUCAACAAUAUUGGAGAUAUCUUGAAAGUCCUUCGGACAAGAAACACGUCGUGGCCACGAGAUCUUAUGGUAGUCGCUGGGCUUCUUACCGAACAUAAGCCAGAGACAACCAAGUCUGACUUCAUUGCGCUCAUUACGCGCGCUGUUAUUGCAGGUCUCGUAGUAAUUGAAGAAUCUUUCCUAUACCAUGGCCACGCUACUAUGAGCCAAAAAGGGGGAUGGUCUUGGUGCCCAUUCAGCUUGUUGGAUGUUCAGCUACGGACCAAUGCGGAUGAGUAUGAGAGAGUCUAUGUUGAUGAACAGGGCGCGACAACUGGAUACUGGAAGUACCGCGAGUUAGAAAAAGGGGAUACAGACAAGCUGCAGCCCUAUAGCUUUCACAUAUCAGUUCACUGGCAGAUUCGGACCGCUCUGGAUCAGUGGGAGAAUUGCCUAUUGUUGCAACAUCGUUAUACAUCGCCGAAAGCUCUUCUAGUUAUACCUUUAGGGUCUGGUAUUUCGAACAUAGGUGGCGAGGACUAUCAUGUUCUGGAGUGUCAAUUCGUUGGCACUGUAUACACAUUGCUCGAGUGGGGCGAAUCCUUCAGGAUCACAGUCCGACUGGGAAAGCUUGAGAGUGAACCAAUCAUGAAUGCAAAAGAUUGCAUCGACGAGUAUAGGGGUAUCAAGGGUCCAAGAAUGGUUAUGCCUCCUUCUGGGCAUGAUUUGAUUUCUAUAAGAGAAGCACGGAAAAAGGUUCUAGCCCCGAGCGAAAGAGCAUGA